AUGGAGGAUUAUCACAUAAAUACGGCCUUUUCAAUGGGCGGAAGUUACAAACAGGAUGACGGCAAUAGUGAAGGUGAUAGCGUCCACACUCAGCCAAGCGCUAUGGCACCCGCCACGCUGAGAAUGAUGGGAAAGAGUCCACAACAACAGCAGCAACAACUAACUCCGUUAAUGCCACCUGUAGAUAUCAAGUAUGUAAGUAACGGGAACCCUCAUCAAGCACAGCAAAGACAACCAGGUUUUGAAAAAAAGCCUAGAGAGAACACAGUAAAGUCAAGUACGGCCAACCAAAGUCGGGCUUCCUCUUCUCAGGGCAUGCCCAAGCAAUUUCAUAGAAAAUCACUGGGAGAUUGGGAGUUUAUUGAAACGGUAGGUGCGGGUUCCAUGGGUAAGGUGAAAUUGGCAAGACAUCGUCGUACUAAUGAAGUGUGUGCGGUAAAGAUCGUAAACAGAGCUACAAAGGCUUUCUUACAUAAGGAGCAGAUGCUACCACCACCCAAAAAUGAACAGGAUGUUUUGGAGAGACAAAAAAAAUUGGAAAAGGAAAUAUCUAGGGAUAAGAGAACCAUUCGGGAAGCAUCUUUGGGCCAAAUCUUGUAUCAUCCACAUAUAUGUAGGCUUUUUGAAAUGUGCACUCUAUCGAAUCAUUUUUAUAUGUUGUUUGAAUACGUUUCGGGUGGUCAACUGUUAGAUUAUAUUAUUCAACAUGGAUCCAUAAGAGAGCACCAGGCAAAAAAGUUUGCGAGAGGUAUUGCAAGUGCUUUAAUGUAUUUGCAUGCUAAUAAUAUUGUUCAUAGAGAUCUGAAGAUUGAAAACAUCAUGAUCUCAGAUUCCAGCGAAAUCAAAAUAAUUGAUUUCGGGUUGUCAAAUCUUUACGAUUCUAGGAAGCAACUUUACACCUUUUGCGGCUCUUUAUAUUUUGCCGCUCCCGAGUUAUUGAAAGCUAAUCCCUAUACAGGUCCCGAAGUGGAUGUUUGGUCGUUUGGCGUUGUUUUAUUUGUACUGGUGUGCGGGAAAGUUCCUUUCGAUGACGAAAACUCAAGCGUUUUACAUGAGAAGAUCAAGCAAGGUAAGGUUGAAUAUCCUCAACAUUUAUCUAUUGAAGUAAUAUCAUUGCUAUCCAAAAUGCUAGUAGUGGAUCCCAAAAGAAGAGCGACACUAAAACAAGUUGUGGAGCAUCACUGGAUGGUAAGAGGGUUUAGCGGCCCUCCUCCUUCUUACUUACCAAAGAGAAUUCCGUUAACCAUGGAAAUGCUAGAUAUCAAUGUCCUGAAAGAGAUGUACCGUUUAGAGUUCAUCGAUGAUGUUGAAGAAACAAGAAGCGUAUUGGCUAGUAUAAUUUCCGAUCCUACUUAUAUUCUUCUCUCUAGACAAUAUUGGGCCUUGGUGACCAAGAUCAGAGCAGAAUCUAAUAAUAUUGAAAAUAUUCCGAACAUAACAGAGAGUUUUGAAGAUCCAACUAGGGCCUAUCAUCCCAUGCUUUCUAUCUACUAUUUGACGUCUGAAAUGCUCGAAAGAAAACACACAAAGAUCAAAAAUCAACAACAGCAACAGGAUCAUGAAAAUAUGGAAAAGUUUACUGAGAUACCGGAAAACCUAAAGCAAAAGGACACUAAUGACAAUACACCUCCUACAAAGUCGCGGCUAGAAGCCGCAGUCCCAACACCGCCUAGACAAGAUGCUGCCACGCCUUUGACUCCAAAGAAUGGCAACAAAACGCAACCUCCCUUACAUGUUUUGAUUCCACCAAAAUUGGCAAUGCCAGAACAAGCGCAUACCCCACCAACGAGUAGGAAAAGUUCCGACAACCAACACCAUGAAAUGGAAUACGCACUCUCCCCGACUCCGCAAGGGAAUGAUUAUCAACAAUUUAGAGCACCAUCGAAUGCGAGUGAUUCCUCAGAAAAAGCUAAAUUUGGUAAUAUAUUCAGAAAGUUAUCACAACGCCGUAAAAAGACCAUUGAACAAACUUCUGUAAAUAGUAACAAUAGCUUCAAUAAACCUGUACAAAAGACACACUCACGUGCUGUCUCGGAUUUUGUUCCCGGCUUUGCAAAAUCAUCCUAUGAGUCGAAUUAUUUGCCUGUCAGGAGCAACGAUGAUGAAAGCAGCAAUAAAGGUGACUUUCCAGCAUUACCUGCCAAUGCUGAAAAUAUGUUAGAGAAGCAGAGGGAGAAACAAAUGGAGGAAGACAUAAUGAACUUGCAUGAUAUCAACAAACAAAACAAAAAUGUUGAAAAAGGUAAUGGACAGGAAAAUUAUAUUGUUCAAAAGUUCGAAGGAAGUGAGGACGACGAAAAUCAUCCCUUACCACCACUUAAUGUUGCAAAAGGUCGAAAACUACAUCCAAGUGCAAGGGCCAAAUCUGUUGGGCAUGCACGCCGUGAAUCGCUAAAGUACAUGAGACCCCCUGCACCUACAUCUGCUUAUCCUCAACAAGAACUCAUAGAUACGGGAUUUUUGGAAUCUAGUGAUGACAACAAAUCUGACAGUUUAGGAAAUGUUAAUUCACAUCCAAAUGGCAGUUCCAGUGUACAUUCCGUGAACGUGCAUAUAAAUUCACCAUCCAUGGAAAAGGAGUUGACGGAUGAGCAGAUCUUACAAGAGGCUUCUAAAGCCCCUGCAGGUUCUAUGCCAUCUAUCGAUUUUCCCCGUUCUUUAUUUCUAAAGGGUUUCUUUUCAGUUCAAACAACUUCAUCCAAGCCUUUGCCAAUUGUUAGAUAUAAGAUUAUGUUCGUUUUGAGAAAAAUGCAUAUAGAUUUCAAAGAAGUCAAGGGUGGCUUUGUGUGUACACAAAGGUUUUUCUCCAAUAAUGUGGUAGCAAAAAGAGAAGAGGUUCAAUUGACUCCAAGAUCUGUGAUGCCAGCUUCGCAUCAUGGAUCCAUUAGGCGCCAAGGUUCUAAUAAAUACUCACCUUCUUCUCCGUUGACGACCAACUUCAUCCAUCAAAGAAAGUCAUCUAAUACUGAUAGCUAUGGGGACGACAAGCAUUCGGGAACGUCGUUGGAAAACGUUCGUCAACAAGCUGCCGAAAGCGAAGGCAUGGAUACAAGAGAAAAAGAGCCCAUUAAAUUCGAGAUCCAUAUCGUCAAGGUGCGUAUUGUUGGUUUAGCUGGUGUGCACUUUAAGAAAAUUUCCGGGAACACUUGGAUGUAUAAGGAACUGGCUUCUGGUAUAUUAAAAGAAUUGAAUUUAUAA